CUGAGAAGUUUGCACCAUGGCUCCUACCGUCCACUCCCUGCCUCCGCCGCCCGGCUCGGAUAUUGAUUUCGGGGCUAUUGUCGAGAAUGUUGAUCUGGAGAACCUGAGCGAUGAGGAUUUUGCGGUAAUUCACCGGGCAUUGUAUGAGAAUCUUGUCGUGGUGGUCAAGAAUCAACAACACGUCUCCCCGAAGGCGCAGUACGAACUUACCCGACGCUUUGAUCCGGCUGCCUCGCAAUACGGUCACGGCAAGACCCUCGAUGCCAAGCGGAGUAUUCUGCAUCCCGAUCUCAAGACGGUCCCUCAUCAACCCCAGGUGCAAGUCAUCGGCCACGGCUUCGUCGAUGCCUAUGAAGGUCUCACUGAUAUCCAACUGAAACAUCCCCAUCACCGUACCUUUCACCGUGACGCGAUCCCCGACGAGGAAGACUAUGAUUUUACCCGCUUUUACCGCUGGCAUAUCGAUGCCGCGCUGUAUGAUUUCUAUCCGCCUAACGUGACGACAUUAUUGGCGGUUCGUGUUCCCAAGGGUCGACGACAGACUCUGCGGUAUGAUGAUGGUUCGAAUGAGACGUUGGAUGUACCGCUAGGAACGACCGCGUUUGUCAGUGGCGAGAGAAUGUUCGAGUUGCUCUCCGAUGAGGAGAAGGAGUUUGCUCGGACUAGUCGGGUGGAAUAUGCACCGCAUCCGUACAUCUGGAUGAGUUCUGCGCGGGCCCUUCCCACCGGUCUCGGUCUGUACUCUGAGGACCGGGAACUCCCUCUUUCUGAUCUUCCCCCGAUCGACGAAUCCAAGAUUCAAAUCCUACCCAUGGUCUGGAAGAACCCCGUCACCGGGAAGCCAGCGCUACAGAUCCACCCCUCUGCCGUGCGUAAGAUCCACUGCAAAGACGGCACGGUGAUCGAGGAUCUGAAGCAAGUGCGAGAGAUCGUGUACAAACUGCAGCGACCGGCAAUUAGUCCUGCGUAUGUAUAUCCCCAUGACUGGGAAGAGGGUGAUCUCGUCCUGUUCAACAAUCGGGGCGUCAUUCACUCGGUGGUUGGGGCGUUUGGCAAGGAUGAGGUCCGACUGUUUCGCCAGUGUAACCUGGCGGCGGGAGAGGCGCCACUGGCGUAUGAGUGAUCUCGUAGAUCCAAUGUUGGGACACCCUUGUCUCUCCGUCUGCUCCCAGAUGGCAGUGAUAUAUCGGUUUGCCCUACUGGUAUGAGUACAACAUACAAUGUAAUAUACUUAUCUUAUAUC